GUCAUUUGCCAUGCGCACAGAAAAUAAACAAUAAAAAUGGCGUCCUACUCGAGAAGAAUUUUGCCAUGCUUUUGGAAAACGACGAAGCUGCUUACGUUUGAAGAUGCUGCUAGGCGUGUACCAUGUCGAUAUCACCAAGAAUUACUACCCACACGAAACUAUCUCUUGCCAGAAACUGUGGAAGAACACAGAAAAUCAGAAUUAUCAAAACACCCUGAACUCCCCCCUUCCAUAACCAGUGAAAAUGUGCCUGCUGAUUUUAGGUUUGUUUAUCCUGAAUUUUUACCUGAUCCACAAUAUGAUAGAAGAGAUAGUAUACGAGAAAGAUUAGAAAGAGAAGACAUGUAUAGAAGAAGAGCUGUAAUUGAUAUACCAGAAUUCUAUGUUGGGUCUAUCAUGGCUGUCACUGUAUCAGAUCAAUAUUCACCCAAUAAAGAAAAUAGAUUUGUUGGUAUAUGCAUAGAUAGAGGUGGUGUGGGUCUCCGAGCUUUUUUUAUUCUACGAAAUGUAGUUGAUGGACAAGGAAUAGAAAUUAUGUACGAGAUGUAUAAUCCUACAUUAUUAAGUAUACAAGUUCUAAAAUUAGAAAAACGUGUAGAUGACAAAUUAUAUUACCUCAGAGAUGCACCUCAAGAACAUAGCACAUUUCCUUUUGAUAUGGAUCCAAUUCCUGUACCGAAAGGUAGCACAGUACCAGUCAAUAAAAUGAAGGUUCAGUUAAAUCCCCGCCCCUGGUUGGAGAGAUGGGAGAGGCAGGAUUUACAAGGUGUAGAGGAUCUCAAACUAGAACAAAGAUUUUAUGACAAGGCAGCUAAAGUGGCUAAACCCUGGGAAAAAUAUGACCUUAUGAAAUGGUAUAGAGAAAACACAAAUGAAGAUGAGAGAGACUCAAUCAUGCAAGAAGUACACCAAAGAAAAAGAUUAACGGACAUUGAAAAAUCAAAGAGAAAAACAAAAUUAGUUGAGCGAAAACGAUAGUGUAGGAAGCUACAAGUGUAAAUAAAUAAACUUUAUUGAUAUUGUGUAAAGUAAAGUGACAUCUAUAAGUGCUGUGUUAGAUCAAUAUUGUUAUAUAUAAUAUAGGUAACAGUGUAACUGAUUUUUUGUUGUGUUUGUAAAGCAGGAUGCAUUUAUCAUCAAAGUCUACCAUUGCAUUUAAGAAUAAAAGUGAACCAUUAUGAGAAA